GGAACUUAUAAUUGUUAAUAUAGUAUAAAUUGAUCAAUUAUUAUUAUGCAUGAAGAUAAAGAAAAUAUUAUUGUAAGAGUAGCACAAACGCCAGUAACAACAGGAGAAAUUUCGGAAAAAACAGGAUAUAUAAGUAAUUUACAGAAACAAGAUGUAGGAUUUUCAACGGCGUCAUUUGUUACACCUCUUGGACCUCGUCAAAUUCUUGGAGGAAAAGAUACAAAUGUUAAAAAUAUGCCUAUUUCAGUGUUAGGAGAAAAAUCAAAGUUAUUAAAUACGAAUUGGCCAAUUAAAAAUAAAUGUUUAUAUACAACAUCAGCAAAAAAAACAGAAAAUAAAUCAAUUCAUAAAUCUUUACAUGAAAAAAAUACUAUUGUUAAUCCUUUUAAACAAAAUGAAUCGAUAUUAAUAGAAAAUCAUGAAAAAGUUGUGGAUCCAGAAUAUAUGCCUCCUAAACCAAAAUGUACAUUGGAAGAAAAUAUUCCUGGAUUUUCGCCUGUCGAUUUAUCAACAUUGCAAUUAUGGCCACUUUAUAAAUCUUAUUUUAAUAGAUUAGACGAUCAGGGUCAUUGUGAAUUAGAAAAAAGUUCUCAGGCUAUUCUUGGUGAUUCCUCUUGGAAAUUAAUUAAUUUCUCGACUCAUCCUUCUGAUACUUCUACUAAAAAAAAAAAUAAAUCCACUACCAAAUUAUAUGGCUAUCAAAAACCAACUCUAUCUUUUCAACAAAAAUCUAAUACAAAUCUUCUAUCUAAUUCUACUCAAAAACCUCAUUUUUCUCUUCUUCAAAAACAAUUCGAUUUAUCUUUAAAUGAUUUCGGUCUAACACAAAACCAUAUCAAUCCUAUUCAUGAUCCUUUGCUUUCCGACAACCCUUUAUUCUCCGAUGAUCCUUUUCCUUUUGAAUUUUAAUUAAUUUAUUCAUUAUUAAUCUUUUUUUAUUAUUCAUCUUUAAUCU